UUCUUCAACUUCUCUCUCUCUCUCUCUCUCUGUCUCUCUCGGUGGCUCAUGGCACAGUCAGUUUUGAGGAGGACACUGGAUGAUCAAAAGGGCUCCUUGUUCCUUUCAGAGCAUUGUCUCUCCAUAAAUAGCUCCUUAGAACUGCAGUGUUCCCUGUAUGGAAAUCUAACAGUGAAAUCCCCUGCUUUGUAACUAAUAGAUUGUUGGAAUAGAACUGCUGGGCAGAAGCUGGCAUUGCGUUCUCAGACGUCAUUGCAUUCUUUAUAGCCUGGAAAAGUUCAGCCAGAAGCUUCCUUGCCUGCAUCUGCCUCGAAGCAGAGAUAACCUCUCACAAGAUCAAGGACAUGGCCUUCAGCCUCCCUUUCCAUGUUUCCUAUAAGCUCCGAUUGCUGUUGCUUUUCACCUUGUGCCUGACAGUGGUGGGGUGGGCCACUAGUAACUACUUUGUGGGUACUGUUCCAGAGAUUCCCAAAGCGAGGGAUUUCAUAACAAAUUUCAAUAAGGCCAUUGCUUUGGGAAAGGAGGACGGUGGUACCAGCCAAGAAUCCUUGAGAAAGGCCGAACUUGACAGCUGUCCUUCUGUGUCCCCAAAGCUCCGAGGUCAGAGCAAGCUCAUCUUCAAACCAGACCUCACGCUGGAGGAGGUCCAAGCAAAAAACCCCCAGGUGCACAGAGGCCGCUACCAUCCCGAGGAAUGCAAGGCUUUGCAGAAGGUCGCCAUUCUCAUUCCGCACAGGAACAGGGAGAAACAUCUGAUGUACCUGCUGGAACACCUCCACCCCUUCCUGCGGAGACAGCAGCUGGCCUAUGGCAUCUACAUCAUCCACCAGGCUGGAACGAAAAAGUUUAAUCGAGCCAAACUCCUGAAUGUGGGCUAUUUGGAGGCUCUCAAGGAAGAGAACUGGGACUGCUUUAUAUUCCAUGAUGUGGACCUGGUGCCCGAAAAUGACUUGAACCUUUACACAUGCGAGGAUCAGCCCAAGCACCUGGUGGUUGGCAGGAACAGCACUGGGUACAGGUUACGUUACAGUGGGUAUUUCGGGGGUGUUACCGCCCUCAGCAGAGAGCAGUUCUUCAAGGUGAAUGGAUUCUCUAACAACUACUGGGGAUGGGGAGGUGAAGAUGACGACCUCAGACUCAGGGUUGAACUCCAGAAAAUGAAAAUAUCUCGGCCCAAGCCAGAAGUGGGUAAAUAUACAAUGAUCUUCCAUACCAGAGACCAAGGCAAUGAGGUGAAUGUGGAGAGGAUGAAGCUCUUACAUCAGGUGUCACGAGUCUGGAGAAGAGAUGGCUUGACCAGUUGUUCUUACAAAUUACUGUCUGUGGAGCACAACCCUCUCUAUAUUAACAUUACUGUGGAUUUCUGGGUCAGUGCCUGACCCCUCGAUCUUUUCUGAUGUCUAGAAGAACUGGUUAUUUGAUUGCAAUAGUUUUGGUCUGGAGGAUUUCCUGAGUGGCACACAUUCAGAACUUGUUGCAGCUUACUUAUGGACCUGAAUUUUUUUCCUUUAUGUGUUUUCUCAGGAGAACUCCUGGCACUAUGGAAUGUAGAACCAUUGCAACAAGACAGCUUUUUUAAAAAAAUGUUUUAGUUGUUGUGAUCAAGGGUUAACUAUUAUAGUACUGGUACUUGAAGGACUAACUACUUUGUGCCUGAAAGAGAUGGCCCAAAGGCAUGAAGGUGAUGUGAGAACUCUGGUUGAAAUAGACUUUUGGGAUAAAAGGCCAAGGGAAAUAAGAUGGCUGGAUGUCUCAGAAAACCAGAAUUGUUCUUGUCUAUUAUCAUAAGGUACGAAGAUGUGUAUAUGUUACUUAUUUUAUGCUGUGUGGUUAUCCAUGAAGCGGUGGGUUUUGGGUAAGAAGGAGGCCACAGAAGAGGAGUAGAAGGAAAUGUAGAGGACAUGGGAAUGGAGAGGUGGCUGAGGGACUAUGGCUACCGGUCCCUCACAGUGGACACCACCUGCCCAGAUUUGCCUGCCAGUCAUAUCCCAGCACAGGACACCUUAUCUACUAGUUUUUAAGACAUUUUUAUAAAAUGACAUUUGUACAUGUUGUAUUUGAAUUGCCGUUUUACAAAUUAUAUACCAACUAAAAACAUAUCUACAGAGUACCUUCCUAGUAAAAUGUGAAAACGAUUUGGGAGCUCA